AUGGAGGAGAUUCUCAGCAUUCCAGCAUCAGUGAAUUUUGAUGAAUCCAUAGCUAAUUAUGAGAUUCACAGUCAUCAACCAUAUGCAUCCUCAUCGUUUAACAAUAGUGAUGAAAUUCGCAUUAUUGUACAAAAUCAAGAUUUAUCUAUUUUGCCAAGCAAUAGUGUAUUACAUAUUUUUGGAAGGUUGACUAAUGCUGAUGGAACUGAUGCCACACAAAAUAUUCAUUUCACCAACAAUGCGAUAGCCUAUUUGUUUGAUGAAAUUCGUUAUGAAUUGAAUGGUAUUGAGAUUGACCGUUGCAAGUAUGUUGGACAUACAACUACUAUGAAAAGCUUGGUUUCUUUAACACCACCUCAACUUAACCGCGCUGAAAAUGCAGGAGUUUUGAAUGUGGAAUUGAAUACAAGAAUGGCAUUACAAGAUGGAUAUUUUGAUAUAUCAAUACCACUUGGUAUGAUUUUUGGUUUUGCUGAAGAUUAUAAAAAAAUUGUUAUGAAUGCUAAACAUGAACUGAUUUUAAUAAGAGCACGUAGUGAUUUAAAUUCUAUUAUUCAAAUGGGCGAAGGUGCAGAUGAACAGUUCAAAGUGCAAAUUAAUAAAGUGGAAUGGUUAGUGCCAUAUGUUUUACCAUCUGAUAAUAAUAAAAUCAAAUUAUUGAAAUUUAUCGAGAAAGAUCCACUAAUUUCAAUGAGUUUUCGAUCGUGGGAAAUGUUUGAAUAUCCUUUAAUUCCAUCAAGUACAAGAGUCAUGUGGCAAAUAAAAUCGUCAACACAAUUAGAGAAGCCUCGAUAUGUAAUUGUUGGAUUCCAAACAGGAAGAAAAGAUAAACGUAAAAAGUCUGCCAGUUAUUUUGAUCACUGCGACAUUACAAAUAUGGAGUUCAUCGUAGACGUUCAAGGCUUCAAGAAACCCUGCAACGAUUUCAUUUUCAAAGAGUUGGCUAUACUUCCUCUUGAAGCUGAUGCUCAACCUCGAGUUUACCUCUUUGAACCUCCAUGUGCUUGGAAUUCACUACCUGAACGUUAUAAAAGUGAAAAUCUCUGGCUAACAAACAAUUAUCAUGGAAUCCACUGGAUGUCUGGAGAUGUAUCUUACGAUGAAUUGCGUACUAUUAUACAAGAAACAUUACGAGGUGCAAAAACUAUCUACACGAAAGGUGUUGAAAAAAAGCAGUGUGCUGAUGCUGCUAGUGCUGAUGCUGCUAGUGUUGAUGCUGCUAGUGCUGAUGCUGCUAGUGUUGAUGCUGCUACUGCUGGUGCUGCUGCUGAUGUUGGAAAUCUAGGACAGAAAUGA